AUGUCAUCUAUGGUACUCACAGUGGGAGCCUGCAAGUCAAUGAUCCAAGGUCUGCAUGAUAACUGGUCUGGUGUCAUGCAGAUAUUGAAAAUAUCGCCGCUCAAAGCUUUCACCUGUGGGAGCCAAAACAAUACCUGUAUUGUCGAAUUAAGUGAUGGAAUCCACUACAUAGAAGCAACCCUUGAUCACAACCUCAACACUCUUAUUCGCGCCUGCAAUGUCACAACUCUGUCCCUUAUCAGGGUGGAGCGUUUUACAAGACUGCAGCAUGCAUCCGGUGCAUUUUUCUAUCUCGUGGCUCGCCUGUCUGGAAAAGAUACCGUCCAUGCCUACAACACACAGAAUGGCAAAGGCAGAGUUCAUAAUCUUACCUUUCACGAUAGCAUGGGCAAGAUAGGUGCAGUGGCAUUCAACUCCGCAACUGAGGUGACAAACUCCCUGGAAUCUGGUCAGGUGUACUCUAUUUGCAAUGCCACUGUUUGCAUCGCGAAGGCAGCUUAUAACAAAACUUUGAGUCUUUUUCAGCUAACUAUCUCCAUGAACACAGAGUUCGAGCUGGUCCAGAACUUCGACCUCCCUAUACAUUACCUGGACAUUGUGCCUUUCGCUAAGAUUGCUGACAUGGGAAGUGAUGACAUCUGCGAUAUUCACGCUAUAGUAGUCACUGUAGGUGCCGGCAUCUGCUGCAAGCCCAGCCACAGUGAAUUGCUGGCAAAAGAGGUCACGUACUUCCGCAAGAUCCACAUUGUUGACCAGUCCAGUGUUAUGCUUUGUUUAUGCACCUGGCAGGAACUUGGGGAAGUGUUCAAGAACCACGAAGGCGAAGCUGUGUCAAUCAAUAAUCUUCAGUGGGAUUAUCAUGACGGCCCUAGCCUUGUCACUGCUGGUAAGUGCACACAUAUACAUUUCAACGAUGAUGAUCCCGACCACCAAGCACUGCAAUUGUGGUACGAGGAGAAUCUGGAGACACAGUGGACACUAUUAUUGGGACACACCACUGCUGCUGGGGCUCAACUGACAAAUACAGCCCCUCCUAGGGACAAACUGUGUAUCAAAGAAGUGUUAUCUUGUGUUGGAAAGAAGCUGGACAUCGACACCUUUGCUCUGGUAGCAACUUGCAAGAUACUGCUGCUCAAAGACAUUGGCUACUACGCAUGCAUGGACAAGCACUGUCACAAGGCUGCCAAGUGCGUGGCAGGUACAUUGCAUCUCUGGAACUGUCCCCAUUGCAAUACCAGGUUCACAAAGCCGCACUCCAUAUACUGCCUCCAGCUCCAUUUAGACAAUGGUACCAGAGAAUGUGUUGUAACCACGUUCGACUUCAUCAGAUGUCAGCUCUUUGGCGACUGGGCAGUCAUGCUAUGGAACCAGCAGCACAGUGCAGAUCCUGAUGAACACACUGUCUUUCAAGCGGUUCUCGACCAGGUUGCCGGAAAAUAUUCCUUCACCAUUCAAGCAAACACUGUAUGUUAUACCAACCUGGAUGGCACCCACAAAAAGAGAACUGGGUGGUAACUCGCAUGACACCCUGUUAGCAUACGACACAUCACAU